AUGGCGGGAUCCCCAAGGGGCGGGCCGUGGCCCCCCUCGUCCGCCGCUGCCGCUCCCUCGCCCUCUCUUUCCUCGUCGGGCUCACGGGCAGCAGAGCGACAUCAAGCUAGCGGCGGGAACGCCUCCGCGCCCCUGUCUCCUCUCAGUCAAGCUUCUUCUGCUCCUUUGGGGCCUGCCCGCUCUUCUGUCUCUCGGCCGCAUCCCUUUGGGCGCCAUCUCUCUUCUUCCUCGCAGUCGCAGUGUGCUUCGUCCCCCCUAUAUGCAGCUGCGGAAGAUUCGUGCAGGGUGUACCUACAGCCUGACCACCAGCAGCAGUUUUUGCUUCAGGGACGCCUGGUCGACGACACCAUUGGCCCGCGAUCGACGCGUUCGUUUUUUUCUCUCGUCUCCAGCGCCACAGGCGUCGGGCCUUCGUCUCCCUCCUCGCCUUCUGGACUGUUCGCAGUCGGCAGCGGCGCGGCGCUUCACUCACCGGCUGCCAGCGCAUCUCUUUCCUUCGCCCCCUGUAAUGCCUCCCACGCGUCGCUCGAGGGGGCGGGCGCGCCGGCGUCGUCUCCUUUCGUGGGCACAGCGGCGGGAGGCUUGGCGUCGUUCAUGUCUUCUCUCACUUCCUCGACUUCCGGUAAGGUCUCAGCGGGGGGCGCAGCCGCCGGCGAGCGCGUUCUUUCGCGCUCAGUGGAGAAAGUGAUUGAGAGCGGCGACGUCAAGAUGGAGGACAUCGAGCCUGAGCAGGCCGCAGACAUCUCCAAGGCUCUCUUCCUUCACCAGAAGAAUCACCACGUCCUUCUUCAAAGCGAGAUGAUCCCGCGGACGCCUCUGGCGAUUCAUCCACUCUCGCCCAUGUGGGACCAGGCGGCGAUGCCAGGCGCGCGGCAGAAGGAUGGGCGCGAGGACGGCGCCGCAUCGCGGCCGGUCUCGGCGGAAAGAGGCACGCGAACGCUCAACAUUAUCAGGGAGGUCUAUCAAGGCCACCAGCACCCUUCGCCGGCUGCCGCCGCGGCCGAUGGCGGUGCUGCGAGGAAGGGUGGCGAAGGCGAGAAGGCUGCGGUGGGCGCGGCGCAUGCAGGCGAGGCUGCGACCGAUGCGCACGGCGAGGAAAGAAAGCUCGCGAGUCGACGCACGCGCAGCGAAAGCGUGAGCAGAGAGAGUCUGCAGCAGCCAGAAGGCGCAGAGGCGCGUGGGACCGUAGAGAAGAAGAGGGCGAGGGCGGCAGGUUGCCUUUCGUCUCUCGUCGCAGGAAAGCCAGAUGAUGGAGGCCUGCCGGGCGGGAGGGGCGAACGCUCGCAGCUGUCGGCUGUGGAGGGACGAGGCGGCGAACCGGAGAUGCUCCUUUUCCCGUCCAACGAAGCAGAAGAGGCGUGGAUACUCGAUGAAAUCGAGGCGCGACUCAAGGAAGAUGCCGAGUGGUACUUGGAGAGCACAAAGUCUGAGUUGCAGGAACUGAGAAUAAACGCCGAGCGCGAAGUACUGGCGCUGCAGUAUAUCCCUCUCAAAGCUGACCGCCUGCUUGCGCUGGACACCAGCUGCCGCGAGAGUCUCCUCGGCGUCUUCGUCUGCCUCUGCCUGCGGCACAUUGAAAGCGCCAGCCCCGAGAUCCAGAGUCUCCUCGCGGAGUGGAGUUUGAUUUUUCUUCACACGCUGGCAAGCCCCCAAGUUCUGAACGUCGACGGCAGCGUCGAGAAGAGCUUAGUUCGGCCGAUUGUUCUGCGCGACCAGCUCUUAAAAGACGGGCUAACGGCUUCAGACAUCCUGAGUCCCGUGCCGCUGAUGAAAGUCGUCGUCCAGGCGUGCGACAAGCUGCAGCCAGAGUUCAACUCGAUUUUCAACACUCUUCACGCGGAGAUGUCGUGCUUCGCUCACCGGACCUCCUCGCCGCAGGAUUCCCCCUCCAGCGCGAGCCUGUCUUCGUCCUUCCCUUGUGACGGCAAAGCGGCGGCGUCCUCGGCGCUACAUUCGGACUCGGUGUCUGCUUCCACAGCGGCUCCCUCAGAUGCGUGCGCCUCGUCGCGCGGCCCUGCGUCGAGUCGCGGAGGGCAGGGUUCACUCGACAGCGAGCUGCAGACGAGCCGCCCAGGCCAUGGCAGACGCAGAAAUCCUUCUCCGCCGGUAGCGCCGCACGCACGCUACGCUCGCGAGAGACAGGGAAUCCUCGACGAGAGCGAAGAGGAGGGAGGACAGAGGCGUAGGGGGAGUGCGGAUAGUGGCGAUGGCGGAAAGAGACGCGGAAACAGAGCAGAAAGGGGCGCCUGCGCUCCCGCAUCCGACUGUACGUACACCGCAGACGGGGACGCGCAGGCAGGCAGGGGGAGCGGAGCCGCCGUUUCGCUGCGCGCCGAAAGGCGCGGCGUGGACGACGGCGGCAGCCUGCACCACGGCAGUCCAGGCGAGUGCGGAGAAGACGCGGCGCGGAGGAGCGACAGCCUGGGAGGCCGCACGAGUGACGGGCGGAGCUCCAGCGGCGAGGGAGAGGAAGAAGAGAAAGUGAGUGAGCGUCUGCGGCGGCGGUUGGACGCAGAGAGGCGAAAGGAAGAGGCGGAAAGGAAGCGCCUGGAGACUUCCAUUGUGUGCGCGCGAGCCCGCGGCCUCGGUUCUCUGGACGGUGACGCUGAUGUCUCGUCCGAGAGCGGCAAGAGAGAGAACGGCCUGGGCUCUGCGCGGUGGCUGCCCUGCGACAGCGCGUGUCUGCAGCGAGUCGAGACACGGGGCGCUGGAGAGGAUCAAGCAACGCAGGCGCCGCCGUGGCAAGUGUCCUCUUCGGGUUCGGAUUCGCAUCCCCUUCGCUUCACGUGUGUCGCGGCGCAUCCUCUCGCCGCGGGUCAGUCUCGCCCCCCCUGCCGCGGGCGGCCGUCGGAGACGUGCGAUUCGUCACUGCGCGUGUGUCUGGAGAAGCGCCGCGAAGAAGACGACGAGGAUGCAGCAGGCCUGGUGGUCGCUGUGGGUUCCGUGGAGGAGCAGGAGGAAGAUAUCCAGGAGGAUGGCGAGGACGGCAGCAGCUGCGGCGAUGAAGGUUUCUCGCUCGCGGAGCAGCGAAUUCUGCUUCAUACUGAGGAGGAGCUUCAUCGCUACCAGGCGCGAGCUAGCGGACGCCUCUCGGGGCUGCAGGGGCGCGACGACGGGAGCUUCAGCGCCGCCGCGGGCUCGGGCGAUGACGAGGAGGCGUCUUCGCUGAUGCCGUCGUUGCCGCCCUCCGCGAAGACAGUUCUACUCAGAGAACUGACGACGGCCCUCGUGACUAGCGGCGCGUUUGACGCCCGCGUGCAGCUCAUGCUGCAGCUCUUCGCGGUGGAGAUGCUUGGCCUCAAUCCUCUCAUUCUGAUUAGACUCCAACAUCACCUCGCCGCCGACCUCCUCGGUUUGCUCAGAGCCAGCACGAAGGAAGGCUCGCGGCAGAAGGCCUGGAGGCGUCUCAAGAUUGCAGGCGCGGCACUUGGCGGCGGAUUUCUGGUGGCGCUGACAGCAGGUCUCGCCGCUCCCGGUAUCGUCGCGGGCCUCGCGUCUCUUGGGCUCGGCGGGGCCGGUGUCUCCGCCUUCCUCGCCUCCGCCGGCGGCAUGGCCGUCAUGGUGUCUCUUUUUGGUGCCGGAGGGGCCGGUCUGACAGGGUGGAAGUACAGUAGGCGCAUCGCAAACAUCAAGGUUUUCGAGUUCGACAUGCUCAACGGAAAAACGCCGGCAAGUCUCGGAGUCACUGUCUGCGUGUCUGGCUACUUGCGCACGUUUGAUGACAUCUCCCUCCCCUGGCUGCAGGCAUGUCCGCUCGCGUGCUCAGAUCUCUUUUCUCUCAAGUGGGAGCCGAAGAUCCUCAAAGCCCUCGGAGGCAUGGUCGUUCAAAUGCUUUCGCAGGACUUUGCUGUCGCGGCGGGCAAGUACUACUUGCAGCACACCGUGCUCGGUGGCCUCACGUUCGCCUUGUUUUGGCCUAUGGCGCUCAUUCAGUACGCGGCGAACCUCGACAACACGUGGAUCCUGUGUCGAGAACGCGCACAGCAGGCUGGCAGACUUCUCGCCGAUGCGAUCUCCGACACGCAGGCAGUUGGGCAGCGACCCGUCAGCCUGGUCGGCUACAGCAUGGGCGCGCGAGUCGUCUUCUACUGUUUGCAGACGCUGUGGAAGCGCCGAAAACUCCACGUGGUGUGCGACUGCGUGCUCAUUGGUCUGCCUGCGAGCCUCAACGCGAAGCAGUGGUCAGCGGCUCGCGACGUGGUUAGCCGGCGCCUCGUGAACGUCUACUCGCGCUCCGACUGGCUUCUCGCAUUUCUCUAUCGAUGGAUGGAGUGGGGCCUGCAGGUUGCAGGCCUCAGCCCCGUGAAGUGCGUCCCGGGUGUGGAGAACUACGACGUCACCGGGCUGGUGAAGAGUCACGCGCAGUACCCGGAGAAGAUCCCCGAUAUUCUCUCGUUCAUCGGCUUCGACGCCUGA